UUACUCUUUACAGGACCGUUGUCUUCUGCAUUAAGUUGUUUCAAGAUUGAAAGGAGUUUGUCUUAAUAUUCCUGAAGCUUUUUUAAGUCUGUUACCACUUUAUAUUCCAGUUCACCAUUCAAGACUACUCCAAGUAGGGCAGUUUGAGUGCAUCCGAUUUUUCCUAACACAUUAAGAUGGAGUUGUCGGAUAUUCCGUUCCCCAUCCCUUCAGCUGAUGAUUUCUACGACGACCCCUGCUUCAACACCAGUGACAUGCACUUUUUCGAAGACCUGGACCCAAGGCUCGUCCAUGUGAGUCUGCUCAAGCCCGACGAGCAUCACCACAUCGAGGACGAGCACGUCCGGGCGCCCAGCGGGCAUCACCAGGCCGGCAGGUGUCUGCUGUGGGCAUGCAAAGCCUGCAAGAGAAAAACCACCAAUGCUGACCGGCGCAAAGCCGCGACCAUGCGAGAGAGGAGGCGGCUGAGUAAAGUCAACGAUGCUUUCGAGACCCUCAAGAGAUGCACGUCCACCAACCCGAACCAGAGGCUGCCAAAGGUGGAGAUUCUGAGAAACGCGAUCAGUUACAUUGAGUCUCUGCAGGCGCUGCUCAGGGGUCAAGAGGAAAAUUACUACCCCGUACUGGAACAUUACAGUGGAGACUCAGACGCCUCCAGCCCGAGAUCCAACUGCUCUGAUGGCAUGAUGGAUUUCAUGGGUCCCACAUGCCAGUCGAGGAGACGGAACAGUUAUGACAGCUCUUAUUUCAAUGAGACGCCAAAUGGUGAUUCACGGAAUAAUAAAAACUCAGUGGUGUCGAGUUUGGAUUGCCUAUCCAGCAUCGUGGAGAGAAUUUCCACGGAGACCCCCACAUGUCCCGUGUUGUCAUCGGAGGGGCCCGACGGAAGCCCGUGCUCUCCGCAGGAAGGGUCUGUCCUGGGUGAGACCGGGGCCCCCGCACCGUCCCCGACCAACUGCCCCCAACAACAAACUCAGGACCCCAUCUACCAAGUGCUAUAAAGAUUCACACCGUCAACAAAUUAAAAAGGACAAUAUGAAGACAAGAAAAACAUUCAGCAGAAUACAAAUAAAAAUGCAAAUCCAAUCUUAACGACUAAAGAAAGACAUUUUGCGGGAAACGAAUUAUUUCUUUCUUUCUUUCUUUCUUUCUUUCUUUCUUUCUUUCUUUCUUUCUUUCUUUCUUUCUUAAUCUUUAUUUUAUUUGUAUUCCAUUAUGAAAAUGGCUCAACAGAUCAGCAGAAGUGAGUUUCUUAACUAUGCUUAUUUAUUUAAUUGUAUCCACGUUAAAAUGUGACCAUAUUUUUCCCCUUUGUGAGUAUAUUUUCUGUCACCAUCACAUUUUAUUUCCUAAUUAUUUACGAGAGAUUCGUAAUUCAGACACGAAAAGUAGGACCACUUUUGUACAUGUGUAAAUAAGAUCUGUUUUGUUAAGAAACGAAAACGAUCAAACAUUAUGUAUUUAAUAAUGCCUGUUUGAAACAUUAUCUUGUUGUGUCUUGUGUUUAACUUUAUAUUUAUACUUCUUAAAUGAGUGAAUGUCGGAAUAAUAAAAAAAUAACUAUUUA